AUGCUCACCAAGACAGGUAAAUACCGCUUCUGGCAUUACUUGGGCUUCGCACUCAUGACAGUAGCCUGUGGCCUCUUCUCUCUACUCGAUGAGCACUCAUCCACGGGCCGAUGGGUGGGAUUCCAGGUUCUCUUUGGAUUAGGCACAGGCACAGUCUUCACUAGUGUCCUUCCGCCUAUAUUGGCCUGCCUGGAUGAGGGAGACGUGGCCACGGCCACUGCUACAUGGACAUUUUUGCGCAAUUUCGGAGCCAUUUGGGGCACUGCGGUUCCGGCGGCACUAUUCAAUACUCGGGCAAAUCGCCUCGCAGGUACCAUCGAAAACAACCAGGUGCAGGCUUUGCUUAUAAACGGAGGUGCCUACGAACGGGCCACUAAAGCGUUCAUGGAUAUGUUCCGAGAAGAUCCCAGCCUGUUCGUUGCCAUCAAGCAUCUUUAUCGCCUGUCGAUUGCGUUCGGUGGUGUAGGUUUUCUCCUUGCCUUCCUGGUGCAAUCGUAUCCUCUACGCGACCAACUCACAACCGAGUAUGGCAUGAAGGCUGAGGAGAAGACUUCUCCCAAGGCUUCAAACUCGGAGGCAAACACCUCUAUUCGGGGUAAUUCAAAGUACGACAAGGUCCACUUAACACCUACAUAUAAUUAUACACAAAGCAGCCUCAAGUUAGUUACCGGUCUUCCUGACCAAGAUAGAACACCUCCACCACUCCGUCCGAGUUAUUUGUAUGCAUAUUCGACAAAGGGGGAAGAAGGCAAGGGUAUCACUCUCACAGCUACAUGCACCCUCCAUUCAACGUGA